AUACAUAUAUUUUUUUUAAUUGACCAAAAUACUUGUUCUCUCCACGGCUCAACUUUCUACCCGAAAAGAUGGAAUAACUAUAAAAUUUCUCAUCGUAUUUUACACGCAAACCAUAUUUAUUGUGGUUAUUUAUAAGCUCUUACACCAUAUAAUACUUUCUUAGUACCAUAGAAAAUACUCUUCACCAGCUAACAUGUCUAGUUGUUAUUUCAGGUUAGAUGUUUCGAGUUGUCUGAAUGAGCUGUUUGAUUCAAGAUACUGUGUUGAGAAAAGUAAGACUGAUAUUGCUUUACCAUUGGAUAAGUUGUCUUUGGAUUUAUUAAAACAAGUGGAGGGGCCAUCAAGUCCUGCGAGGAGGAAAAGGACAUCUGUAAUUCUUGUAUCAACAGGAAGUUUCAAUCCUCCAACUUAUAUGCACUUGCGUUGUUUUGAGUUGGCAAGAGAUGCAUUGACUUCAGAAGGAUUUUGUGUGAUUGGAGGUUACAUGUCACCAGUAAAUGAUGCAUAUAAGAAGAAGAGUCUUAUAUCUGCUGAGCAUCGUGUUGCAAUGUGCGAGUUAGCUUGUAAAAGCUCAGAAUUUGUUAUGACGGAUCCCUGGGAGGCAGGUCAGGAUAGCUAUCAACGAACAUUGGCAGUUCUUUCUAGAAUAAAAACCGCUGUCGGUGAUGGAAGUUUGGCAUCCACUGAAGACGUCAAGGUCAUGCUAGUAUGCGGUUCUGAUCUGCUAGAAUCUUUCAGCACACCUGGUGUUUGGAUACCUGAGCAGGUCAGGGCCAUAUGUAGAGACUUCGGCUUGGUUUGUGUCCGAAGAGGUGGCCAGGAUGUUGAAAAGAUCAUCCCCAAUGAUGAUAUUUUGAAUGCAUAUAAGAGGAAUAUCCGAGUCGUGGAUGAAGUAGUGCCAAAUGGAAUCAGUUCAACGAGACUAAGGGAUUGCAUCUCAAAAGGUUUGUCAGUGAAGUACUUGACAGCAGAUGAAGUAAUUGAUUAUAUCAAACAACACAAUCUUUACAAAGAACAAUUAUCCAACAACUGAAUCUGGAGAUUUUUUUAUUUUUUAUUUUUAUUUUUUAGUGUGUGAGAAAUAAGCAUACAGAUCUUGUUGAGGGAGUUCAUGGCUUCAUGUGAUUAUGAGAACUGGAAAAAAAAAAAAAAGAUUUCAUUAAAAGUUCAUCUAUUUAUGAAGCAUAAUUGGCUUUGCCUUUCC